AUGAUGGCGAUUCCCAGGUUAGCAUCCUUUAUUGUGGCCCUUGUGGUCACACUAGGGAUAACAUGGACCAUAUUACACAGGCAGGCAAACCCUGUCUUCACAGCAUUGCAUGUGGCGCUGGAAGCCUCCCCUCAACCCGUUGACAGCGCCACCACCAGCCCCACCAGUCUCUCGUUUCAGAUACGACACGUGUUGCACGCUCCCGCCAACCCCAAACUGAAAGUGAAACGGCUUGAUAUCACUGAGCAAUAUAAACAACAACACGCCGAAGCCUUCUUCACGGAACAGACCGAGCUUUUAGCCCAACAACGAGUAUUUGGAGUGGAUGCCGAUAUCAGCCUUGAGCAAGCGUACCAUGAAUACGACUGGCCUCAGGCCUACGCUGAGCAUAAUCCGAUGACGAUGACAAUUCCUAUGAAGCGACAGGAGCUGCCCAAUCGCGCCCGUCAGCUUCAACGACGCCACGAGCCGGGGUUUAUCGACCUGUACUUAGCCUACGCCCGAACCAACCCUAAACGAGCGCGUCAAAUCGAACUAGAAUGGGUGGAAAAUGAUGUGGUGGUGCCGGACAUCACCGACAGAGAUACGGUGAUCGGCAUGGCCCUCAUCGCUCUGAAUGCUUACGUCAGAUUUCCUAAACCGGACGAUAAAAAGCUGGACUGGCGUGAUGUCCCGGGGUGGGAACCAGAUAAAGACCACCCAGAUUUAGAGUUCGGCUGGGAUGAUGUUGGUAUUCGCGGUCACGUUUUCGUGCUGGACGAUAACUCGACGGUGGUGAUUGGCAUUAAGGGGACGCUGGGAGCGGGACUUCCUGGCGGUGGCUCUGACGAAACUGGACCUAACGAUAAGACCAACGAUAACUUGUUGUUCAGCUGCUGCUGCGCUCGGGUGCUGUACAUGUGGACCACCGUGUGUGAUUGCUACGACUCUACUUAUACGUGCAGCCAGGACUGUCUUGAAAAGGAGCUCCAACGGGAAGACCGCUACUACCGUGCGGUGCUUGAUCUCUACAAAAACGUCACCGAGAUGUACCCACCCGACCAGUAUAACUACUGGCUCACUGGCCAUCUGCUUGGCGGAGCAUUGGCACUGUUAGUGGGACGCACUUACGGUAUUCCUGUGGUCGCCUACGAAGCUCCCGGAGAGAUGUUACCAGCUCAGAGACUUCAUUUACCGCUGGCACCAGGAUUACCGGAACUGUUAGAGAACAUUUGGCACAUCGGCAACACCGCUGACCCGAUCUACAUGGGGGUGUGCAAUGGAGCACUGUCGCUGUGCAACUUAGCGGGCUACGCCAUGGAGACCGCGUGCCACACAGGCAAACAGUGCGUGUAUGACGUUGUCAAUGACUUAGGGUGGCGAGUGAACAUGCUCAACCACCGCAUCCACACCGUCAUCGACGAGAUCUUGACGGUAUACAAUGAUACAGCGCCGUGCUAUCAGCAGCCACCGUGCCGGGACUGCUUCAACUGGAAGUUUAUACUGGAUGACGAUGAUGACGAUGACGAGCCGUGGUUGCCCAAUCCAUUAAGACCGAAAAAGCCUCGUCCCACACACACCCAAACGCACACUCGCCCCUUAGCCUCAACUUCAACCUCAAGCACAGAAACCCUGCUGCUGCUGACUGCCAAGCCGCCACAAAAAUGUCUCGAGCGAAAUUGGUACGGCUGGUGUCUCCGCUGGGGGGACGACGAUGAGAAAAGUAACGUCGAAGCGGUGAUGACGGCAACUUAA